AUGGCGACAGAGGAUACGCUAGCACAAGCCAGAAGUCGAAAUGAGGCGUUGCAUCAGUCUCUAAAGGCGUUAAUGGAGAGUAAUAAGGUUAACGAGCCUGACCCAUUUGAGAAAAGUGACGGGAACGGGACUUUCUUUGAAGAGUUCAAGAGUAACAUUGAAGCCAUCAAGAAGAGCAGCUACGCUCCAAGAAAGACCAAAGAAAAGGAUGAAGAAAGUCAAAAAGUCGCCAAAAGCAUUCAAGAUCCACCCAGGUUAGCUCCUCCCAGCGAAGAACCCACGCGUCGCCAAAACACCGUCAGACACCAGGAUAUGCUUCUAUCGAAGCUUGAAAGACAAAGCAUCACCAUUGAAACGCUCGAAGCCGAGAUUCGAAAACUACGUCUUCAAAACCAGCAAUUGCGUGAAACCAACCACGGUCUACGAGCCAAAGCCGCCCAGCGGCCCGAACCUAAAACCGUAGCAUUCCAAAGUGCCCCAGCACAAGCUGCCAAUGUACUGCCCAUACACAACAAGGAGAACGAGACCCUCAGGGCGCGGGCGGUGGAGGCAGAGAAUAAGGUGCACCGCCAACAAAACACUAUAGAAAAGCUUCGCACCGGCUUGGCCCUUGUUCACCACCGGUACAUUGAAGCCAAGCGGAAAUGGGACACCAGCCUAAGCAUCAGCGCGUUCCAGGAAAGGGUCAUUCUCGACCUCAAGGCGAAACUAGCAUUUACGUCUACGGGCAACGAGGACCACCAGCGGACAGUGGACUCCACCGAACAUCUUCUCAAUGGCUGCGAAAUUGGUCCUGAGCAAGCCUUUGAAAGCGACUACGCAGAUACCACGCAGCUUAUUCUUGGGUACCGCAGCGGUCCCAACGGCAGCACCAGCGGCGCCACAGACGCCUACGACCAUUUGGCCCGGCAAGAUCUGGGGCGGGAGCCGCGUGUGGCUAAUAAAAGAAUAUUGAAAAAAGCUGCUCUAGCUGCUCUCUUUGUGGCCAGAGUGACCCGGGCCACCCAGGCGUCGAGAAGCAUGACAGAGGGCCAAGUAUGGCGGUAA